GCAGCUGCAGCAGUGAGACGGCGCACGUCUGACAUCAACCAGCGGGCUUUUUUUUAUGCCAGGAGAAGUCAACAAAGGCAACAUUUCUCUGCUUCAAUCAAUGAUUAUUUCUAACAUUUUUUUGCAGUUUACGAUUUUUCCCCCCCUCGUUGUUGUGGAACCCCAGCAGCCCUGAAAUGCGUGCAUUUUUCGGCCGUGUUUGUUAGUCCAUGCUCGGUCUUGUGGAUUAUCCGUGGAGGCUGCCGAGGCUGCGGCGUGCUCGCGGCCGGGAGGAGGGCCCUCUUCGCCGGAUGGAUGCGCGUGAAGCGGCGGCGUCGAAAUGAUGCCCGGCAGGUCUCGUCGGCAGCGGGCGAACUCCUCUUGAAUGUCCGGGCCAUAUUUCCUCCCACCUCAAACAUUUUAUUCCUUGAAAACUGGACGCCGCCGGAGUAGUUUAUGACGAUCCUGGUCGGAGCGUGAUGAGCGCGCGCUUCCGCUUGCCUGCUGGCAGAUCCUACAAUGUCCGGGCGACGGAGCUGGAGCGAGACAGGCACCACACGCAGGUUGUGUGCAACAUACUGCUACUGGACAACACUGUCCAGGCUUUUAAAGUCAGCAAGUCCGAUCAUGGGCAGAUCUUGCAAGAUGCUGUCUUCAAGCACCUGGAGCUGACUGAAAGAGACUACUUUGGCCUGUACUUGGCAGAUGACUCCUCGGACACCCCGCGCUGGCUCGAUCCCAACAAGCCCAUCAGGAAGCAGUUAAAAAGAGGGUCCCCCCACAACUUGAGUUUCCGAGUCAAAUUUUUCGUGGCAGAUCCCAGUAAACUUCAGGAAGAAUACACACGGUACCAAUAUUUUCUUCAGAUCAAACAGGACAUCUUAACUGGAAGAUUGCCUUGUCCACACAACACGGCCGCACUUCUGGCUUCCUAUGCUGUUCAAUCUGAAUUGGGGGACUACAAUGAGACGGAGCAUCCUUUGGGUUAUCUGUCUGACUAUUGCUUCAUCUCCAACCCCCCACAAGACUUCCAUAAAGAGGUCGCCAAACAUCAUCAGCAGCACAGUGGUCUAUCUCCUGCCCAGUCGGAGUUUAAUUAUCUGAACACAGCACGCACGCUAGAGCUCUACGGGGUAGAGCUGCACUAUGCAAGAGACCAGAGUAACACGGAGAUACUUAUCGGGGUGAUGUCAGCCGGCAUCGUCAUUUAUAAGAACAGGGUACGGAUCAACUAUUUCCCAUGGUUGAAAAUCGUGAAAAUCUCCUUCAAGUGCAAACAGUUCUUCAUCCAGUUGAGGAAAGAGGCAAGUGAGACGCGGGAGACGCUGCUCGGUUUCAACAUGGUGAACUACCGAGCCUGUAAGAACCUGUGGAAGGCCUGCGUGGAACACCAUACCUUCUUCAGGCUGGAACGACCCAUCCCACCUCAGAAAAACUUCUUCUCGCAUUAUUUCACCCUGGGUUCCAAGUUUAGAUACUGUGGGAGGACGGAGGUGCAGUCAGUCCAGUAUGGAAAGGAGAAAGGCAUCAAGGACAGGGUCUUUGCCAGAUCUCCGAGCAAGCCUUUGGCCAGGAAGCUGUUGGGUGGAAUGGACUGGGAGACGGUGAGCCGGAACAGCCUGUCAGAUGAAAGACUGGAGACUCAGAGCCUGCCGACCCGCUCGCCACCUGGGACACCCAAUCAGAACUCGCUGUUUACACAAGACGGCACGCGGCUACGCCCCUCGUCUGUCGGCCACCUGGUGGAUCACGUGAUCCACACGUCGCCCAGCUUGCCCGUCUUCUCCUCCAAUCACAAGUCGGCCUCCUCCACGCAAGCCAACAGUAUCAGCUUGGACUCCACACCCUCUCCCGAUGGCGUGGAUGGCCCGCCCCCAGCUCUGCCCCCCAAGCAGCUGAGCAGGAAGACCUUGAGCCAGAUCAUCCAGGCCCACUCGCAGCAGAGUCUCCUGGACAACCACCUCAACGAGAUGUACGAUGUUCCUGCCAAUACUGACAAGACCACGCUGAAUGGAGUUGUUCCUCAUGAUAAUCUGGUCUUGAUCAAAAUGAGGCCUGAUGAACAUGGACGUUUUGGCUUCAACGUUAAGGGUGGAGCUGACCAGAAGAUGCCAAUCAUUGUAUCCAGAGUAGCUCCAGGAACAUCGGCCGACCUGUGCGUGCCACGUCUGAAUGAAGGCGACCAGGUUGUUUUAAUCAAUGGGCGGGACAUCUCUGACCACACCCACGACCAGGUUGUAAUGUUCAUCAAGGCCAGCUGCGAGAGCCACUCUGGAGAACUCAUCCUACUGGUGCGACCAAAUGCAAUCUACGAUGUGGUGGAGGAGAAGGUGGACUCCGAACCAGAUUUCCAGUACAUCCCAGAGAAGUCCCCUCAGGACCCCACUCAGCUAGACCAGCAUGCUUUGAGGGAUUCUAUGGUAACCCUGAAGGAGGGUCUGAGCAGCGGGGCCAUACUGGCCCAGUUUGAUCAACUGUACAGGAAGAGGCCCGGGAUGACCAUGCUGUGUGCCAAAUUACCUCAGAACAUUUCCAAAAAUCGCUACAGAGACAUCUCUCCUUAUGAUGCCACGCGGGUCAUUCUGAAAAGCACGGAUGACUACAUCAAUGCAAAUUACAUAAAUAUGGAGAUUCCUGCCUCCAGUCUCAUAAACCGCUACAUCGCCUGCCAAGGUCCCUUACCCAACACCUGUCCGGACUUCUGGCAAAUGACCUGGGAGCAGGGAUCAUCUAUGGUGGUCAUGCUGACAACGCAAGUCGAGAGAGGACGGGUCAAGUGCCACCAGUACUGGCCCAACCCAGACAGCUGCGCCUCCUACGGAGACUUCACCGUCACCUGCCACAACGAGGAGGGCAACUCCGCCUUCCUGGUCCGGGAAAUGAGCCUGGUGCACCUACAGAGUGAGGAGCAGAGAGAGAUGACCCAGAUCCAGUACGUGGCAUGGCCCGAUCACGGCGUUCCCGACGACUCCACGGACUUCUUGGACUUUGUGGCUCUGGUCCGCAGCAAAAGGACAAGGCAAGACCAGCCAAUGGUUGUACACUGCAGUGCUGGCAUUGGUCGGACGGGGGUUCUGAUCACCAUGGAAACCGCGUUGUGUCUCAUGGAGUGUGGCCAGCCGGUGUGCCCGCUGGAGAUCGUGAGGACCAUGAGGGAUCAGAGAGCCAUGAUGAUACAAACACCUAGUCAGUACCGCUUUGUGUGCGAGGCCAUCCUGAGGGUCUACGAGGAGGGUCUGGUCCGACCGCUGACGCCCACCGUCUACCAUCUACGAGAGACGGGCGAGGAGGAGGAGGAGAUGAAAGGGUCGAGGGAAGAAGAGGAGAUGGCGGAGCUGCUGGAAGGAGGUCUGGACGAGGAGGACGAGGACGACGAGGAGGUGGAGGUGCUGGACGUGGGGGAAGUGACGGAGGAGGAGCUCAGCGUCGCCAGCGUGAGCAGCGACGCCAGCGCGAAUCCCGAGCCUGACCCCGCCGACCCGUGACGUUUGACCCCACGGGGUCACUUGAGGGGACCCGGGACGAGGCGAGAACAAAGGCACUGUUGCACUUUAUCACAAAAAAAAAAAAAAAACCCGGAACAAAAUAGAAGAACUGGAAAAUCACAGAUUUUGUUUUGGAACAGAGGCGAUCCAGCUGUGUGGUGCAGGUACCAUUAGAGGGCGCUGUGCUGUGUUCAGGGUCGACGACGACGACGACGUCAACACGGAGCGCCGAUUGUGCCAUAAAAGUACGACGGGGAAGGGCUGUCCCAUGGAUGGAAAGCUUCCCCCCCCCUCCUCCAUUUUUGUUUUGGUUUCUUAGUCCUUUUAGCGGAUACACCUUUUGUUCCUGCCAGAGUAUUUAUUGUGUUUUAGUUGCUGUCAAACCCUGUCCGGCUGAAGUCUCAAACCUCCCAUGUUUUUAAACUAGUACAUCCUUAGGAUGCCUCUUGGCUGCGAGGAUUGAAUUCAUUGUGGCGCUCUCUCCUCCACGUUUUCUGCUGGACACGGGGAAGGACAAUGUUUGGGUCGCGUCUUCCGGGCCGACAGACGUCAACGAACAAAGCGGGUUUACGUUCAAGCGAGCGCUUUAGAUCGACUUAAAAACCUGCCCUGCGCCUUCUGAACAGUGAAAGUCGACUUCCAUCGAGCUCCCUGAGAGUUGAACAAAAGUAGUCCCGAGUUGUGGUAGCGAGCGUUUAAGACAGGUCAGACCUGGCACCUUUAUUAAGAAAUCUGGCCCCGCAUUUUAAAUAUCAGACAAUAUUUGCCUCCAUCUUGUGGACAGCAUGAGUACUUCUAAUCAAUGACCAUGAAAUGUCAGCAGCACAA